GAGAGAGAGAGAGAGAGAGAGAGAGAGAGAGAGAUGGGAAGGGGUGGCGAAGGAGCAGUGGAUAUGGAGGAGGAGAACAUGGCUGCUUGGCUAGUGGGGAUCAACACUCUCAAGAUCCAGCCUUUCAAACUGCCUCCUCUAGGUCCUCAUGAUGUUCGGGUUCAGAUGAAAGCUGUGGGCAUAUGCGGAAGUGAUGUUCACUACCUUAAGACAAUGAGUUGUGCUGGUUUUGUUGUCAAAGAACCAAUGGUUAUUGGGCAUGAAUGUGCUGGAGUUAUAUCAGAGGUUGGCAGUGAAGUGAAGUCUUUAGUUGUAGGUGACCGUGUGGCUCUAGAACCUGGCAUCAGCUGCCUGUGCUGUAAUUACUGUAAGGGUGGACGCUACAAUCUCUGCCCUGAUAUGAAGUUCUUUGCAACACCCCCUGUUCAUGGCUCUCUUGCAAACCAGAUCAAUCAUCCUGCAGAACUGUGCUUCAAGCUUCCUGACAAUGUCAACUUGGAAGAAGGGGCAAUGUGUGAGCCCCUCAGCGUUGGGAUCCAUGCUUGUCGCCGUGCUAAUGUUGGUCCAGAAACAAAUGUUCUGAUUAUGGGAGCAGGGCCUAUAGGUUUAGUCACAAUGCUUGCUGCUCGUGCUUUUGGUGCUCGGAGAAUUGUUAUUGUAGAUGUUGAUGAUCACCGUUUACGUGUUGCAAUGUCUCUUGGCGCUGACGGUGUUGUUGUGGUUUCUCCAAACAUUCAGGGCGUGGAUGAAGACGUAGCUCAGAUACACAAGACCAUGUGUGCUGAUAUUGAUGUAACCUUUGAUUGUGCUGGAUUUAGCAAAACAAUGUCAACUGCUCUGAACGCAACUCGUGCUGGUGGCAAAGUGUGCUUGGUUGGAAUGGGUCACAAUGAGAUGACUGUCCCUCUUACCCCUGCUGCCGCAAGAGAGGUUGAUAUAGUUGGCAUCUUCCGAUACAAGGAUACAUGGCCCUUGUGCAUUGAAUUCCUGAGGACUGGUAAGAUCGAUGUAAAACCUUUGAUAACACACAGGUUCGGGUUCUCUCAGCAGGAGGUUGAAGAAGCCUUCGAAGUCAGUGCUCGAGGUAGUACUGCUAUCAAAGUCAUGUUUAAUCUUUAGUUGUUGUCGAGGUUCUUUCGUUGUUGGAUUUUGUUUAUAAGAUAGUUUGGCAGUUAGUUGAGACGGAAUGAUCCAAAUGCUAUUUCUAAGUUAUGAGUGCCUAAAGAAAAUAGAAAAGAGUGAUGCUAGCUAGUUUGUCUUGAACAAUCUCUGUUCUUAGUUUUGGUAUUUAUGUUAUAUAUUGUUCUCCUAACUCGUCAUGCGGGUCACAUGAAUGAGUUAGGAGAACAAUAUAUUAAAGACUUUAAAAAAAUAAUUUAGAUAUAGUAUUU